UUUACAGUUGUUAAUAAAAUUGAUUACAAAAUUUUUUAAUUCAACAAUUCUUUGACAUUUCCAUUCCUUGCGGGACUGCAGUUUCCUCGUGGAAGAUUCCCACCUAUGGAAGAGUUUGUUACGUUGCCAUGGUAAUCCAGAAAAGCAGCUCCAAAGGAUGGAGGAAUUGAGUGAAGUGAAUAAUGAAGGGUUUACAAAGGAUCAGAAAGAAAGAGUUGUAGAGAGUAUUGCACCCAUAAAUAAAUCUACAGAAGAGGAGUUUCAAAACUUCAUGCAUCGUGUCACUGAAGUUGAGAAAAUUGUGAAGAAAUUGGCUUCCUCCAAUAAGAAGGAACAAGAGUAUGGCGAGUUGCUGGCUGAUGAGAUCCUCAAAGAAAACAAGAAAGAAAUUACUGAAAAUGAAAUAAAAGUAAAAGUUGAACGAACCGUAAUCAACAAAUAUAAAAGCAAAGAAGAAUAUGAUCCCAACAAAAUGUCUCAAGAAGCUUUUAUGAGGUCCAUCGAGAAGGAUGCCAACGAAAGAGCUGAGGAUAGGAAGAUUAGAAAUGAAAGAGCAGAGACUUACAAAAGAAUUGGCAAUGGUGCUUUCAGGAAAGAAGACUUUGAAAAGGCGAUUACAUAUUACACAAAAGCUAUAGAGCAGAGAAAAGACUCCUCCGUCCUAUGGAACAAUCGAGCACUAGCUUAUAUGCAAUUAGGACUCUAUGAAAAGGCUCUGUCGGAUUGCGAAUGGGCUCUAAAAGCAAACAGGGCAAACCUAAAAGCCCUCUUAAACAGUGCAAAGUGUUACAAUCUCUUGCAAAACUAUGCAAAAUGCAAAGAAUGCAUAGACAUGGCUAAAGAAACAAAUCCACACAUGAUCAAAUUUAUAAAUGAAUUUGUAGAGGGUCUUAAUAACCAGCAGGAAGUUCCACGGAAUCAAGUACUCGACUGAGCCAUAAUAGGGUGUUAAUUAAUUUCAAACUAACUUUAAAUGCAAUAGCAGCUGAUUUAUUUACACAACUG